CUAAUUGAGUAAUUGAUGACUACUGUGAUACAACACAGUAUUCUUUCGAUUAUUAAUAUGUUACCAAUUUGGGUAAUCUUUUUAAUCUGGUUUUCAGCCAUUAAUCCCAUUUCUAGCUCUGUUAGUAGCAUCUAUGCAAAGCAAGUAUUACAAGAUGCAAAAAGAGAGAAAGAUUGGUUGGUAUCAAUUAGGAGAAGAAUCCAUGAAAACCCAGAACUCAGAUUCCAAGAAUUUAACACUAGUUCUCUAAUUAGGUCUGAACUUGACAAACUUAGCAUUUAUUAUGAAUAUCCAUUUGCUCAAACUGGUGUUGUUGCGAUCAUCGGGUCGGGUUCUUCACCCGUUGUGGCUCUCCGGGCUGAUAUGGAUGCCCUUCCUAUGCAGGAACUUGUAGAUUGGGAGCAUAAGAGUAAAAUUGAUGGAAGAAUGCAUGGCUGUGGACAUGAUGCUCACACUACAAUGCUCCUUGGUGCUGCUAAAUUGCUGAAUCAAAGGAAGGAUCGGCUUAAGGGAACUGUGAGACUGCUUUUCCAACCUGCUGAAGAGGGAGGUGCGGGUGCAUCUCACAUGAUACAGGAUGGUGCCCUUGGUGAAGCCAAGGCAAUUUUCGGAAUGCAUGUUGAAUUUACGACACUCACAGGGAGCAUAUCUUCUGUCUCAGGACCUUCUUGUGCAGCAGUGUCCAUGUUCAAAGUGAAAAUUGAAGGACAAGGAGCACAUGCUGCGGAACCUCAUAAAAGCAUUGAUCCAAUAGUGUCAACAUCAUUCAUUAUUUUGGCACUGCAUCAAGUCAUUUCAAGAGAAGCAAAUCCCCUUGAAAGCCAUGUACUAUCUGUUACAUAUGUCAAAGGUGGUACAGCUUUGAACAUCAUUCCUCCGUCUGUGGAGUUUGGAGGGACACUUAGGAGUCUAACCACGGAUGGCCUGCACUGGCUUCGACAGAGGUUAAAAGAGGUGGUCGAGCAUGGAGCUGCUUUACAUAGAGGUCGAGCAUAUGUUGACUUCAUUGAAGACUACCACCCUCCCUAUCCAGCUGUCAACAAUGAUGAUACUUUGCAUCAUCACAUUGAGGCUAUCGGUGGAGUUAUACUAGGUCCUAAGAAUGUCCUGCCGGGGCAGAAAAUAAUGGCAAGUGAAGACUUUUCCUUCUACCAAGAAAAGAUCCCCGGCAUCUUGAUUGGCAUAGGUAUAAGAAAUGAGGAAAUUGGUGCAGUACACUCCCCACAUUCUCCUUACUUCUUCCUUGAUGAGGAUGUUCUUCCUAUCGGAGCAGCAUUACACACCAUUUUUGCAGAGACGUAUCUCAGUUAGAUCCGAAGCUCUGAUAAGAUUUAGAGCAUGGACAACUCAACCCACCAGAUGAAAUAGUUUGCCAAUAUACAAAUUCUCGGAUUCUCUGUAUGUUAGCUAGACUAGCUGACAAGGCUGUAUUAUAUCUAUAACUGGAACUCUCUAGGUUGGCCUUUGUCCCUCAUAACUUAUCAAUAAAAAGAAAAGGCAGAUGUUUGGUCAUUACUUAUUCACGAUAUAUAGAAGAGAUCCAGCUACUGGUCACCUGAGAAAAUGCAUGCGAGACUUGACUUUUCUCAGUUGUUGUGCAGACUGAAAGAUCUGAAGGAGUGAAUAUCUUCUUGUAUAUUGUUAGGUUCAAGAGUGCAAAUUAUUGUAUACUAAUGUCAUGUUCUCUUCACCUUAUUUUUGCUGAAGUGAAUUUUUUUUUACCGAAGU